UGUGCCCCGUCCCGCCCCGGUGCGGGAAGCGGCGGGGCCCGGCCCGGAAGAGGCGGGAUCGCGGCGGCGGCUCCGGCGGCUGAGGCGCGUGUUCAGAAUGACUUCCUUGGCUGACAUGCCCCCAAAUUAUGAGACGAUGUUUGCUCAUCGAUUCACAGCGGAUGAUGAAGAAUACCAAGAAUAUCUAAAACGCCCUGCAGACCCCCCUCCUAUAGUUGAAGAAUGGAGAAACAGAUCUGGUGGCAACCAGAGAAACAGAGAUCGGUUUCAAGAUGGCAGAUAUUUUAGAGGGGACAGAUACAACUGGCAAGGUGACUACAGAGCUAAUCAGAGGCCAGAUAGAGGCUGGGGUAACAACUACCAGCAGCACAGACAAGGACAAUCCUACUCAUCCCACUAUGGACAAUAUGGCUACAAUUCCUACAACCCAGGGCCCCGUUACCAUCCCUACUGAUAUCCUUGUGGGUUGAAAGUCCAGUGAUGCUAUGUAACAAAUUCAGUUAGAUUUUAGUUUUCUUAUUUUUCCACUGUUUUAUAGAUAACUGAAGAAUCAGUGUUACAGUGCAGUGCUGUUUUUCUGUAGUGUGAAACGAAAAAGGGAACUCCUUCUAUGAAUAGUAAAAGCAUAUUAUAUAGAGUUUGUUUAAGGUCUGUAGACUUUAGAUUAAGUUUUUAACUCCUUCUUUUGUCUGAAUACAUUUGUGCACGUUUUUUCUUCCAUCACUGAGAUUUCUCUGUUACAUUUUAGAAACCAAAACAGGUGAGGGAAGGACAGAAUAGCUGUGGUUUGUAUGCAGCCUGUGGCAGUGGCACAUUGCCUUAAGAUAGCUCAUUUUGAAACUAACAUAUUGUGUCUUUCUGUGGAGAGAAUUUAGUUUGGCUUUUGACAUUGAGAAGCUCAGUUUGGUUUGAAUUUCAGAUGCCUUAAGACUGAGAAGAGAGAUCCUAUUACUGAAAUAUUUUAUGGGGUCGGCAUUCUGUCUGUUGACUCAAUGGCUUCAGUGCAUUUGCAGUAUUCCUCUUAAAACAUGGUCUAAAAGUUGGAUAAAAAAUAAGUAGUUAAAUAUGUAUCUUCUUCUAGCAGUUCAGUGAUAUAUGUUUUACCUGAGAAAUAAUAUCAGACUUAGAUUAAUCUGUGUCAUCUUCAAAUAAAUUCAGUGUGUGCAUAAUAAAUUUUGGAAUUCCCGUUUCAGUAAAGCUGUAAAACUUCGAUGCUAUUGUAGUUUGUAUUAAAUACUUUGUGCAUGUUAUAGAAAAAAAAAACAACCUAUGAUCAGUACUGGUCUGUACUUUUUUCUGUAUGGGAAAAUAGCAUAAACAGUGCACAGUGUUACUCAGUUCUUAGAAUUUAAGAUUUAUGGAGUUUUUUAAGUCUUCACACAAUAAAAGUAUAGUUCACAUGUAA